CAUGGUCAAAACAUAUUGAUACAACAGUAGCUAAGAUGGGGAGAAGUCUGUCCAUAAUAAAACGUUGCUCUGCCCUCUUAACCAUACGUGUUGCAAGAAAGCUAGCAAGAAAAAAAAAAAAAGCUAGAAAAAAAAGAAAGCUAGAAGAAAGCUAGCAGUGGGAAUGUUCGUGGAAUACUUGCUAACAAAGUGCAGUGGAAUUGUAUGUGUAUACUGUCUUAAAGUUAUUUAUUGGCAAUAUGUCACACAAAGAAAUCUACUACUCAGACAAAUAUAACGACGAACACUAUGAAUACAGACAUGUUGUGUUGCCGCGGGAGAUGGUGAAACAAGUCCCCAAAUCCCACCUGAUGUCUGAGGAUGAGUGGAGGCGAAUGGGAGUGCAGCAGUCUCUUGGAUGGGUGCACUAUAUGAUCCAUGAACCUGAGCCUCACAUUCUGCUGUGUAGGCGACCACUUCCGAACUUAGGAACAUUACAAUUGGCUCAGAACAGGGCAGCACGGCUGGCCCUUAAAAGUACACGGGAAGCUAAAAUUAAUGAUAUGCAUCGAUUAUCAGGGAUUACAGAGCCCACCCUUGGAAAGGCAACCAUCUAA